AUGUCCGCCCUAAAGGCGCAAGGCCUUCCGCCAGCCGCGGCCCGAGCAAGACUGGCCAGGCUUCCGGCCUUGCUCGUAGCGGCCCUCGCCUUGCUUUGCACCCCGCGCAUCCGGGCGGCCGUAGAGUGCGCCGAAGACCUGAUCUACGAGUCCCGUGAUGACGUACCCCUGCGCUUUCGGUGGGACCCGGCCGACGUGUUCCAAGACAAGGAGGAGUUCGACGUCGCCGUGGCCGCCGCGGAGGCCGCCAUCCCGGAGAUUGGGGCCUGGAAGGGAAGGCUGGGGAGCAGCACCGAGGACCUCGUCUCGGCACUGAACGCCUCAUACGAGCUGAGCCGCAGCGUAGGAGAAAUUUACUUUUUCGCGAAAAUUCAGCUCGACGUGAACUCGACCGACCCGGGAGCUGCCGCCAUGGUUGGCGUGGCGUCGUCCCUGGCUGCGCGAGCGGACGAGGCAUCGUCGUUCGUUGGGCCGGAGAUCGCGGCCCUGCCCAGGGCAAGGCUUGAUGCACUCCUGGAGGAGCCGUCGAUGGCGCCCUACAGACACGUCAUCGAAAACGUGAACAGGACCAAGGCGCACAUCCGGUCACCCGAGGUGGAGCUGGUGCUGGCGGGGGCGUCGCAGCUCGCGAGAGGCCCGCAGGACAUAUCCAACCACCUGCUGAACAGCGACAUCGUCUGGCCCACCGUUGUUGGUACAAACGGGGAGGACGUGCAGGUGACGCCGGCCACAUACGGCCGCAUCUCCAGGAGCCCGGACCGCGAGUUCCGAAGGGUCGGACGCGCUGCUCUUCUUCGGACCUACGAGGCUUUUGGCAACACACUAUCGGCCUCCCUGGCGACUCAUGUGCAGGGCCAGGCGUGGGUGAGCAGAGUGACGAGGUACAACUCCAGUCUGGAGCGUGCGCUGGACGGGGCGAACGUGCCCGUGCGGGUGGUGCGGUCGCUGGUGGACGCCGUGCACGGCAACUUUGGCGCCGUCCACAACUACACGGCGCUGCGGAAGAGGGCCCUGGGCGUCGAGACGCUGUACGCUCACGACAGUGCCGUGGACCUGGUGCCCAACGAUGACAAGAGGUACUGCUUCGAGGACGCCUGGACCAUGGCCAUGGCAUUCUGGAGGGAGGUUUUCGGCGAAGAGUAUGCGUCAGUCGCCGAGACAGCAUUUGCCAAUCGAUGGAUAGACGUCUUCCCCAACACGGGGAAACGGGGCGGGGCGUAUGCAUGGGUUGCGUACGGAAAUCACCCCUACAUGCUGCUCAACUGGGCAGGCACGUUCGGUGACGUGGCCACGCUGGUUCACGAAAUGGGGCACGUGGUUCACAUGAAUCUCACGCACACCAAUCAGCCCUUCCACUAUUCGAGCCCUUCCGUGUUUGUGCAGGAAGUGGCUUCCGUAACAAGCGAGAACCUUUUCAUAGACUGGGCCAUAGGACGCAGCGAAGACCCGAAGGAGAGGGCGGUGAUGCUGAACGCGGCGGUUCGGCUUGCUGAAGGCGCGUUCAUAACUCAGACUCUUUUCCACGAAUUCGAGGAGGCGAUCUACAGCGAUGCAGAAAACGGCCGCCCACUGACAAAGGAGACAAUGGGCGCCGCAUUCCUGGACCUCAUCACUGCCUAUUACGGGCCCGACAUUACGUUCAACGCCAGUGACAGCGUCACUUUCCUCCGCGUCCCGCACUUCUACUUCAACUACUACGUCUGGGUGUAUGCCACCAGCUACGCGGCGGGGGAAGCCAUUGCCUCACGCUUUCGCAGCGGCGAUCAGGGAGUGGUGGAUGAUUUCCUUUCGAUGCUGAAACUGGGCAGCAGCGUAUAUCCCUUGGAUGUUGUGCGGGCGGCCGGUGUGGACUUGCUGGAUCCGUCCGUGGUUGGGGCGGUCAUGUCGCGCUUUCAGAACCUGACGGAGAGCCUGGAGAUGGAGCUGGAUAUGGUAAGCGAUGGCAAAAGUGUGGUGACGGCCGGCGCUGAUGCUGAGGGCACGGCCUCGAUGGCGGUGCCUUUGUUGUUGCUGUUGGCUCUGCCGUUCAUCACAUAUCUGUAA